AGGUCGUCGUCGUCCGCUAUUUGUCGCUCGUCGAUUUUGUGGAGAUCGUCGCUUCUUCUCUGGCAAUUGCCGAACUUGAAACAAAUCUCGUGACGACAUCACCAGCCGGAACGCCAGCGAGAUGGACACGCCCGUCGAGCCACCUACUGUACUCAAGCUGCUGCUGAUAGGCAGCUCAUCCGUCGGCAAAUCCUCACUGCUCACGCGAUUCACCGACGAAGUGUUUGCUUCGGAUGGCGAAUCUGCGGCCACGGUCGGAGUGGAUAUGAAGGUCAAGCUAGUCAAACGAACGCCGCCGGGACAGUCGACUGCAAAGACGUACAAGCUCGCCCUCUGGGACACAGCAGGCCAGGAGAGGUUUAGGACGCUCACUUCGUCUUACUACCGAGGAGCACACGGUGUCAUUGUCGUCUACGAUGUCGCCAAUAGAGAGACCUUUGUCAAUCUUGACACCUGGUUUCAGGAGCUAGAGACUUUCUGCCACAACGAUAUUGUGCGCAUCGUCGUCGGCAACAAGACCGACAAGGAAUUUGCGAGAAUGGUGACAGCAGAGGAAGGUCAAGCUUGGUCGGACUCGCGCGGGUGCCUCUUCAUGGAAUGCUCUGCCAAGCAAGGCAAGAAUGUAGAGUCGCUCUUCGACACCGUCAUCGACAAGAUCAUCGAGAAUCCGAGGCUGUACGCAGCGCCGAGAGCGAACAGGUUACCAGGCGGUUUCAAUGGCGAUCUUGUCAACCUACAAAGUGCGAACGACGUCAACGCAGGGUGGUGCCGGUGCUGA